GUGAGGGGAGAUCGUAGAUUCGUAGUCGAGAAUAAUAUAGUGAUAUUGAAUUCUGCUAAUGCACGCCUAACCAAAAGCUUUACUGACCUUAUUGUAUUAAACGUUCUUCUUCCCCUUUUCCUCCUUUCCCUUUACAACCGAUUUUCGCAACUUCAGGAUUCACCUUUUGCUUUCUCACGUUCAAUGUCUUCUUCCCGGCGCUCAUCCUCCAAAUCCAAAUCCAAGUCUAAAUACGAAGUUAAUUGGACAAACGAUGUGUUCCUGAGUUUCAGAGGAGAAGACACUCGGAAGGGUUUCAUUUCUCAUCUUCAUUCAUCUCUCAGUCAUGCUGGAAUUCACGCUUUUCAGGAUGAAGAUCACGAGUCAUUAGAAAGGGGCGAUGUGAUUGCUGACGAACUGCAUGAAAGCAUCUCCAGCUCAACAAUUUCAAUCGUUGUUUUCUCAAUCAACUAUGGCGGCUCCGAAUGGUGCUUAGGAGAACUGGAAAAAAUCAUGGAAUGUCACAGAACUAUCGGUCAGGUGGUUCUGCCUGUGUUCUAUGAUGUUGAUCCGUCAGAUGUACGCAAACAGAGAGGUCGUUUUGGGGAAGCAUUCAAUCGAUGUUUACUGUACACCAGUAAUGAGAAGAUGUGGCGUUGGAGGCAUGCUCUCACUGCAGCUGCCAAUCUUGCCGGAUUUGAUUUGAAGAAUUUCAGGAGUGAACGCUUGGUGAUCAAGAAUAUUACUGACUCUAUUUUGAGAAUACUAGAUAGCACCUACUUGUUUGUUGCUGACCAUCCAGUGGGAGUAGAUUCUCGUGUGCAUGACAUGAUUGAACUGUUAACUGGUCCCUCAACUAAAGUUCUAAUUGUUGGAAUUUGGGGGAUGGGAGGGAUGGGCAAAAGCACUAUAGCCAAGGCUGUUUACAAUGAAAUGUGUCAUCAUUUUGAGGGGAGCAGUUUCCUUGAAAAUAUCAGAGAAGUUUGGGAGCAAGACAAUGGUCAAAUAUAUUUGCAACAACAACUUCUUUCAGAUAUUCUUAAGACAGAAAAGAUGAAAUUUCAUAGCUCUGCACGGGGCAAAUUGCUGUUGAAAGAAAAACUUUGCCAUAAGAAGACACUUGUUGUACUUGAUGAUGUGAAUAAUUUGGACCAGCUUAAUGCAUUGUGUGGAAGCCAUGAAUGGUUUGGUCCAGGAAGUAGAUUAAUCAUUACAACUAGAGAUGAGCAUCUACUCAAUGUCCUUAAAGUGGAUAGCAUAUAUAGAAUGAAAGACAUGAACACAAGUGAGUCUCUUGAGCUUUUUUGUUGGCAUGCAUUUAAGCAAGCAGAUCCUAUCAAAGAGUUCAUUGAACUCACAAGACUUGUAGUUGCUUACUGUAGAGGAUUACCACUAGCUCUUGAAGUACUUGGUUCAUAUUUGUUUGAUAGGAGAAUUCAAGAGUGGGAAAGUGUAUUGGAGAAACUAAAAAGAAUUCCCAAUGAUCAAAUACAUAAGAAACUAAAGAUAAGUUUUGAUGGUUUAAAUGAUGAUACGGAGAGAGAAAUAUUCCUUGAUAUAUCAUGUUUCUUUAUUGGUAUGGAUAGAAACUAUGUUAUAAAAAUAUUAAAUGACUGUGGACUUUUUGCUGAAAUUGGAAUAAGUGUCCUCACAGAGCGAAGCCUAGUAACUGUUGAUAUGAAAAAUAGGCUUGGAAUGCAUGAUUUGCUACGAGACAUGGGAAGAGAAAUCAUUCGUAAAAAAUCACCAAAAGAGCCUGAGAAGCGUAGUAGAUUAUGGUUCUAUGAAGAUGCCCAUAGUGUGCUCAAGAAACAUACUGGGACUAUAUCCAUUGAGGGAUUGGCUUUGAAGUUGCCCAGAAAUAAUAGAGUUUGUUUAAGCACCGAAGCAUUUAAGGAGAUGAAGAAGCUGAGAUUGAUUCAACUUGAUCAUGUUCAACUGGAGGGAGAUUUUGAAUGUCUUUCGAAAGACCUCAAAUGGCUCAGUUGGCGUAGGUUUCCAUUGAGAUAUAUUCCUGGCACUUUUCAUCAAGGAAGUUUAGUUGCUAUUGACUUAAAAUACAGCAAUCUCUAUCAAAUUUGGAAGGAACCCCAGUUGCUCAGCAAGUUGAAGAUCCUCAAUCUGAGUCAUUCCUUUUACUUGAUCCAAUCUCCUGAUUUCUCAAAUCUGCCUCAUCUUGAAGUUCUAAUACUCAAAUAUUGUUCAAGUUUGUCUAUGGUGCACCACUCCAUUGGAGAUCUAAAAAAUCUUACUUUGGUAAACUUGAAGGGCUGCACAAGCCUUACUAAUCUCCCAACAACUAUCUAUAAGUCAAAAUCUUUGAAGGUUCUCCUCCUGUCUGAUUGUUUAAAGAUUGAUAAGUUGGAGGAAGACAUAGGGCAGGUGCAAUCUUUGACUACUCUGAUUGCAAAUAACACAGCAAUAAGACAAGUUCCCUAUUCAAUUGUAAGAUUGAAAAACAUUGGGUAUAUAUCUGUUUGUGGCUUUGAAGGUUUAACAGGUGAUGUGUUUCCUUCUCUCAUUUGGUCAUGGAUGUCACCAACAAAUAAUCCCUUGUCCUUUGUUCAAGCGUCUAAGAGCAUGUCAUCUCUUGUUUCUUCAGAAGCACAAGCUAAUAGUUUUCAUGAUCUACCAUCAAUGCUUACUGGCCUUUCAAAGACUCGAAGCCUUCAGAUUGAAUCCUUCUCAGAGCUACAGCUUACUCAAGAUAUAGAAAGAGUUUUAGAUUCAAUAUACGCCACAAAUGGUGUUGAAUUGGAAACCCCAAAUGCAUCACAAGUUUCAUGCAUGGAAACAUCUACUUCAACUCCUUGUGGCAAUCAGUUUCACAUUUCAAGUUCGGAAAAUUCCUUGAGAUCCAUUUUGAUUCAAAUGGGACAGAGCAGCCAAGUCACAAUAACUCUUAGUGAGGCAAUUUCGCAGGUAUUAACUACUAACAGGUUUGGUGAUUGUUUGCUCCCUGGUGACAAAUAUCCUUAUUGGUUAUCUUACAAGGAUGAAGGACCUUCAGUAUUUUUUGAAGUUCCAAAUCUUACAGGCUAUAGCUUGAGAGGAAUGACUUUGUGCAUUAUAUAUUCGUCUUUCCUGAACAAAGUAGCAUUUGGAUAUCCAGUUGGUGUUCUGUUAAUAAAUUUCAGCAAGAGCACCAUCCAGCUUUACAAGCGAGAAACACUAACAUCCUUUGGGGAUGAAGAAUGGCAGGACAUAACAUCAAAGUUAGAACCUGGUGACAAAGUUGAGGUUAUUGUAGUUUUUGGGUACAGAUUCACUGUAAAGAAGACAGCAAUGUAUCUGAUAUAUGCUGAAUCAAUGGAAGAAAACACAGUGCCUACCCAAGAACCUGAUAAGAAUGUUGUUUCUUCUAGCAGACAUGAAAUUACAAGGGUCGAGUCUAAGGCAUUCCAAUGUGAUGAUGAAGAGGAGGUACCUUUAAGUAGACCCAGAAAAACAAUGAAAAUGUGCAAGCUUCUUGAACCAUAACCUUUGUUUGGAUGAGGAGAAAAAAUAGGGAGGAAAGAAAACUAUGAGGGAAAAUUUCCAAAAAUAGUAAAUAUUCUUAGUUUUCUCUCCUUAUUUUUUCUCUCUACUUUUCCUUCCAUCCAAACUAAGUCUACUAUAUGUUUAUGAUUCCAUCAAUUCCAUUGGUGGAAGCUUUACAUAUGCUUGCUAUUGUACUGAGGGAGCUAUGCUGAUUCUGGUUUAGGAAUACCACUAAUCCCUUGAUGAAAAAAUGUAGAAAGUUGUUUUGGAAGUGGUGAAACAAUGGUAAUGAACUGUGUAAGCUUUAAUAUAUGUUUGGUACAUGAAAAAAGUGUUUUGUAGAGAGAAAAUGAGAAAUGUAUUUAAAAAGAAAAUGGAAUUGGUAUAUUUCUCCA